CCACCCUCGCGUUCUGCGCGUCGCAAACGCCCCGGCGAGAGACCGACCUCGGGACGCGCUGUUCUUUCUCCUGCAUUCCUCGCGAUUGUCCCGCGAUUGCACGCGAGGGAGAACUCGUCGCCGACACCCCGCGACAGCGAGGCCACCGCGCCGCGAGUGGAUCCCGUCGUCGCGGUGUGUACACGAAAAGUUAUUGAUUCCCAUCGCGAGCGGACCACUGCUGGUUCGUCGGGCAUACACACUCGGGCAACACACCUGCCUGCGAAGGAGUAUCACAAGCGUUUGUAAUCUACGUUAAAUCACAGGAGCCAAGAUGAAGAUCGGAUUGCUGAAGAGUUUUUUACACUGUUUCAACCUGAGGCAGGGCACAAUAUUAAUAGCCAUAUUCCAAUUGUUUUCGUCCGGAUUUAGUUUGAUAUUCUUCAUUCUCGCUCUGGCACACGCAAUGGGGAUUCAGGAACUGGUGGCGAGGGACACCGAAGAUGCCCUCGAAAGGGAGGCAUUGGAGGAGAUUUCAUCGAGCCAACACGAGAAAAAUCUCAACACGAAAAAAAUGGACCUGGCACAUCACAACGCAACCGAAAUGCUAUACGCGAUGUACUGCGGCCUCGCUAUCACAGUUGUCCACUUCACCUCCACCAUGUUACUUCUUUAUGGGGCUCUGACGAACAAUCGUCAUUUUAUGGCGCCCUGGAUGAUGGUCAAGAUCACUAUCAUAUCAGCCCUAGCAAUCUCAUUGUUCCUGGUAGAGGAGGAUUGUCCUUUCCUCGCGAUUCUAGGUGGAAGAGCUGGUAUUUGUGAACGCCUAAUUGCCUUUUUCCUGAUAAUCAUGAGUUUUUACGUCUGGUUCGUGGUGUAUAGUACUUAUAAGAGCCUCGAGACGAAGAAGGGACUCAUGCACGAAGUGCACAGCAUGAAAAAAAAGUACGCAGUGCCCGUACAACUGGAGGUACCAAAGGCGAUCCAGGUCUCGGUGAACAAACCCUACGAACUUUAA